CACAGCCGACACUGGUUCUUCAAAGGGCGCCUCCUGGUGGAUGGGAAGGAAAUCGGGGAGUCGCUGUUCCAGUCCAUCAUGCGCACCCAGGAGAGCAGCAACCCCAACAACGUCAUCAAGUUCUCGGACAACAGCAGUGCCAUCCGGGGCAGGGCCGUGUGUUCCCUGUGGCCCCGCGACCCAUCCCGCCCCAGCCGCUUGGAGAAGAGAACGUCGACACGGCAUGUCAUCUUCACUGCAGAGACCCACAACUUCCCCACGGGGGUGGCCCCAUUCAGCGGCGCCACAACGGGAACAGGCGGGCGGAUCCGGGACGUGCAGUGCACGGGGCGUGGGGCCCAUGUCAUCGCCGGCACGGCCGGGUACAGCUUCGGAAACCUGCACAUCCCUG